UUCAGCAGGACGUAUGGGCGGAGCUUCUCUGAACGUCAACAAAGGGCAGAAAAAAGAGAAAGGAGGAGCAGAAAAAAGGGUAGAGAAAGAAAGAAGGAAUUAACGUCAACAACCGGCAGAAGGACAGAAAUGUGGCUUUAAGCAGCAGAAACAGUGUCUGAACCGUUGGGAGAAAUAGACUUAAAGAUGGACGCCGUGAGGCUGAUGAAGGAGCUGAAGGUGAACUGCGAGCAGGAGGCUGACUUUCUGCCAAAGGAGACGGGCCUGAACCUCAUCGUCUCCGCCCAGCAGAGCUCCAGUCAGAUCUCGGCGCGCUGCAGAGACACCAAGGUGGAGGACCUUUGGAGCCUGACCAGCUUCUUUGGUUACAGCGCCCGGACCUUCGUCCUCGCCGUCAGCCUGCUGGACAGAUUCCUGGCCAUGAUGAGGGUCCAGCCCAAACACCUGUCCUGCAUCAGCCUCAGCUGCCUCCACAUGGCGGCCAGAGUGACGGAGGAGGAGUGCGACCUGACGCCGGUGGACGAGCUCAUCCGCAUCGGCCAGUGCCGCUUCACCGUCUCCGACCUCUGCCGCAUGGAGAAGAUCAUCGGCGAGAAGCUGAGCUUCAAGUCCAAAGCUGUGACCGCCUUAACCUUCCUGCAGCUGUACCACCAGAUCACGCUCACACACGCCACCUGCAGGAUGGAGGCGCUGAGCCUGGAGAAGCUGGAAGCUCAACUCAAAGCCUGUCUGUGCCGCAUCUCCUUCUCUAAAGCCAAGCCGUCCAUCCUGGCUCUGGCCCUUCUGAGGCAGGAGAUGGAAACCAUCGGAUCGGAGGAUAUGCUGGAGAUCGCCUUCCACAUCCAGAGACACCUGAAGGUUCCCGACGCAGAGCUGCAGCGCUGGAGCGAGCGGGUGGCCCGCCGCCUGUCGGACUACGCCUCGCCCAAAUGCAGCAAGCCCAACCACAGGAAGCUGCAGUGGAUCGUGUCCCGGCGCACCGCCCAGAGCCUGCACAGCCACCGCAGCGUGCCGGAGCUGUCCACCAUCCCCGAGGACGGCUGGGAUCAGAGCGAGAGCGAGGACUCCUCUGAAGACCUGCUGAGUUCAGGAGACGAGGCCCUCAGCAGCUCUCUGGGCAGCGACGCCGAAGGAGCCUUCUUCCCUCUGCACCUCGGCCGCUAACGGCGGCGCCGACGCCCGGACCCCCAGCCCUCCCCCCUCCUCCUCGUUUGAACCCCACCCUGCAGCCGACUGCUAGAUUAGGCCGUUGGUAGACUCGUUUGUUGCCAUAGAGAUGUGACAUUCCAGGGUGCAGCGUGUGCAACUCCGGGUCGUCCUGUUCAUCCCACCAAAUGUCUACUUUUCACCUACGACUGUUUCUGUGAAGCACAGCAGAGGAAAGCGGCAGCUGUGGUUCUAUUUACUCUACAUCUAGAAUCUGAUGAGGAUGAUGGUGCUGCGAAAAGUUUGUCCACCUCCUGAUGAGUCCUCGGACCGCCGCCGCUGCUGCUUUUCCUUUCUUUCUAAGUUUAAUUUGCACAGUUUUUAUUUUUAAUCGUCAGUCUGAAUCGAGUUAUUAGGAUGUGUGUUUAACCUGUGAUCUGCUAAAGAUGCUAAUGCUAGGAUGUGGCUAGUUUAAAGGUCAGAAUGUUUGAAGCUAAAUAAUCCUUAACGUGUCAAAAAAAGUUAAAAAAGUUUCAUAGAAAAAAUGUAAAAACUGUAAAUUAUGUAUAAAAAAA